AUGUCCGUCGGCGGCGCCAUCGACACCGGCACCAUGUCCUCGUUUGGCCUUCUUUUUCGCUCGCUUGGCUUGAAGCAACUUCUUUUGUUUGACAGCGGCAAUCUGCUCUUCCUUGGUGGUGUCAACCUCGGCAAGCAGCGAGAGGGUAAGGACCCGUCCACCGACAUCAAUCCUUUUUCGUCCAGUCCGUCUUUUUCCCUUGGAGGCUUGGUGUUCGAUCCACUCGACCUCGACGUGAGUCGACGGGGUACCUCCGUGCUUAAAAAGCUCGAAACGGCGCCUCAUCUGCUCCAGGGACAGGGGGUAAAUCCCCGAUGUUCUGAAUCCACUGACAACAUUCGCAGGAAAAACGUGGCGGGUCCAUGCGUGGGAUGCGAUGCGCAGAGCGGCGGUUUUUGA